AAUUUGUUGUUAACUUCGUGCAUCGAAUCACAUGCGCAAGAGUGUACUUUCACCAGAUCAGCUGUUCUGCAACUGUCACAGGUGAUGUCACUUGCUUAGUGUGCAGGCGGAGGAAGCUGCUACUCCCCAGCCCAGUAAAAACAUGGAAAUUCUGGAUACUUACUACAGCCGGGACGAAUAUGUCGAGACGGCAUCCGGGAACAAAGUCAGUCGGCAAACCGUCCUUUGCGGAUCCCAGAACAUAGUCCUGAAUGGGAAGGUGAUUGUCCAAAGCGGAGCGAUUAUCCGCGGUGACCUGGCAAACGUGAGGACCGGACGGUAUUGCAUUAUAAGCAAAGGUGCCGUGAUUCGACCGCCUUUUAAGCAAUUUAGCAAGGGUGUUGCGUUCUUCCCCCUACACAUUGGGGAUCAUGUUUUCGUGGGUGAAGGAGCAAUAGUUUCGGCUGCAUCAGUUGGAUCGUAUGUUUACAUAGGCAAAAACGCAGUGAUUGGGCGCCGUUGUGUGCUGAAAGACUGCUGUAUUAUUGAAGACGGCGCUAUUUUGCCACCUGAAACGACGGUGGCCAGUUUCAUGCGCUACACUGCAGCGGGAACGAUAGAAGGAGGGCAAGGAAACCCAGACCACGUUCCACCUGCAAUGCAAGACCAAAUGGUUGACUUUACGAAGUCUUUCUACGAACAUUUUAGAAGUAAUGCUUAAAUAAUUCGUUUGAUUUGUAUGUAUUUAUUCCACAAUGAUUUUUUACGACGUUUUGCUUAAGAUAUAUAAUAUAUUGGAAACAAUUAAAAUUA